GCGCUCGGCGCUCGUUCGUUUGAGAAAUAUAAAAAGCCUAUCAAGCCGGACACCGUUUUUUUAAGGCUGACACACAAUCAAAAAUCCUAGCCACGUCCGGCUUUAUCCGGACGUGGCAAAUCUGUUGGAUUUGGUGAUUCUGGCUCUAUGUAGCUUUCCAAACAUUACUACUACUACGUCUUACUGUUUCCAAACUUCUUUUAUUUUGAAUAUUAAAUAAUUUAUGUUAUAUAUAAACAAUUUUUGUUCUUAAAUGAAAUUUAUCUGCUCACAAGGUCAAAUAUUAUCGAAACAGAUUAAACACCAGUUUAACAAGAGCCUUAGAUUCAUCGACUCAAUUUUCAAAAUAGUUGUGGUCCAGAACUUAUUACGUCGUCGCAUAUGGCUCCCAAGGCUGAGUUUAUUGCUGCUUCUACACUAGGCAUUAAAUCACCCGAAACAAAAUUACAAGGAGCUUCUCUUAUUCCCGAUUUGUGGCUAGAGGGGAGAACGAAGAUUGAUGGAGCUGAAGGACUGUGGAGAAUCCAUGAUGGUAUUUACGAUUUAACAGAUUUUGUCGAAAGCCACCCAGGUGGAUCAGAAUGGCUAAAACUAACAAAGGGCACUGACUUAACUGAAGCCUUCGAAGUUCAUCAUCUCACAGAAUUGCCGGAACAAAUUUUGAAAAAAUAUUUUGUCAAAAAUGCGAAAACUAAACGAAACUCGCCAUUCACCUUUAAUGAAAAUGGUUUUUAUAGAACUCUUAAAAAAGAAAUCCGACCAGUACUGAAAAAUGUUCCCAAACAAUCAAUGAAAAAUACCAAUUUUAUAUGUGAUGCAAUGGUAUUUUUAUUAUUUUUGUUUGCCAUCUUAGCUACUUUGGACUGGAACUACUGGUUAGGAAAUUUAGCAGGAAUUAUUUUGGGAAUGUUGACAAUUGCUACUCAUAAUUAUACUCAUAUGAAGGACAAUUUCAGAAUGUACUACUUUCAGUUUUCGAUGUUGCAAGUAAGAGACUGGAGAAUAACUCAUGUGCUAAGUCAUCACCUAUAUACAAACACCAUAAUUGAUUUGGAGAUAUCUAUGCUUAAACCUAUUGUUCAGUAUUUGCCAGUACCGAAGACACUAUUUCAACAAGUUAAAUCGGUUUUAUCGAUGCCGUUUGUUUACCUUACAUAUUUUUAUGGAUCAAUAAUACGAAGGAUAAUUACCGCCCGGAAAUGUAAAUAUCAAAAUUUGAAAUUAACAGAUCUUACCGGAUUAUCGCUACCAUUAAUCAUGUAUAUGUUUGGAGGUCGUUCUUUGUGGGAAACACUUUUAAUGUGGAGUUUUAUACUUACCGUUGGCGGUACAUUCAUGGCUUUCAUUGGUUUAAACGGUGCACACCAUCACCCAGAUAUUUUCCACGAUGGAGACACCCCAAGAAAUGCAGAAGAUUACGAUUGGGGUCUUAGUCAACUGGACUCUGUCAUGGAACACAAAGAAGUGUGUGGAUCCCAUUUCUUAGUUUUGAUCAAUUUUGGUGAUCAUUGCCUACAUCAUUUAUUUCCCACUUUGGAUCACGGUGUAUUAGAGCACCUAUAUCCUGUUUUCGAGGAUGUACUCAAGCGGUUUGAUCUGAAUUUAAGAUUUGUGACCAAAUGGGAUACACUUUUGGGUAGCUAUCAACAAUUGACUAGGAUCGAGCCUAACCCUAAUCCUCCAGAUUUGAAGAAAUAUCCAGGACGACCAUUAUAAAAUUGUUCAACAAUAACGAAGGUUUUAGACGAUGAGCUGGUCAUUAUGAAUUAUUCUAGCUUAGUGAAUAACGUACAUAUCCUGAUGUACUUGUGUGGGGUUUUCUCAUAAUAUAUUACCAAACUUUGUCUAAAAAUAGAAAGCUUUUAGAUAAUAAAAUGUACGGCUAAAAA